AUGGUACUAACUUCUAGUGAGUGGAAGCCCUUGGUAGACGCCGACGGCAACCCCGUGGAGAAGUCCGAGCGCAAGCCCAAGAAAAAGGUGGCCUGUAUGAUCGGGUACUGCGGCACCGGCUACAACGGCAUGCAGAUCCAGAACAACCCGGACGUCAAGACCAUCGAGGCCGAGCUCUUCAGGGCGUUGAUAGCCGCGGGCGCCGUGUCCAAGGAAAACUCGACGGACUUGAAGAAAAACGGGUUCAUGCGGGCGGCCCGCACCGACAAGGGCGUGCACGCGGCAGGCAACGUGGUGUCGUGCAAGUUGAUCCUCGAGGACGACACGCUCGCCAAGGUCAACGCGGCGCUCCCCAGCCAGAUCCGCAUGUGGGGCAUCGAGCGCGUCAACCGCUCGUUCGACUGCCGCAAGAUGUGCUCGUCCCGCAUCUACGAGUACCUCUUGCCCACGCACAGCUUGCUCCCGCCUCGGCCCAAGUCCAGCUUGUUCAACUUGAUCGAGGCCAGCCGCGCCGAGCACCCGGGCGUGCUCCGAGACGACGCGGACCAGGCGUGGUGGCAGGCCACGCGUGCCGCGAUCUUGGCCAGCGGCGUGGCGCAGCACGAGCUCGAGCAGGUGUUUGAGAAGACCGCGGAGACCGUGUUCGACCAGGACAAGGCCGAGCUGCGGAAGGAGUACUACGACGCGGAGGGCGAGGUCAGCGAGUGGGGCCGGCUAGUGCGGAGCGUGCGCCGCGUGGAGAACUCGUGCCGACGCGGCUUCCGCAUCAGCGACGCCAAGUUGCAGUUGUUCCGGGACGCCAUGAAGCAGUACGAGGGCUCGCACAACUUCCACAACUUCACGUUGGGCAAGACCUACGGCGACCCGAGCGCGCAGCGGUUCAUGAAGGGCACGUCUGUGCUGGCGCCGUUCAUCAUCGAGGGCUCGGAGUGGGUCUCCAUCAAGAUCCACGGCCAGCUGUUCAUGCUCCACCAGAUCCGCAAGAUGGUGUGCAUGGCGUCGCUCGUGGUGCGGACGGGGUGCCCCAUCACGCGCAUCAGCGACUGCUUCGGGCCGGCCAAGAUCAACAUUCCCAAGGCGCCCGCGUUGGGCUUGUUGCUUGAGUGCCCGGUGUACGAGACGUACAACGAGCGCUUGGCCGAGAUGGGGUACAACCACCUCGAGUUCUCGGGCUACGAGACCGAGAUGAACGCGUUCAAGAUGAAGAACAUCUACGACAAGAUCUACGCGGAGGAGACCAAGGAGAACGUGUACCACGGCUUCUUCGAGUUCCUCGACACCUUCAAGGGCUCGGGCGCCACCAAGGAGGGCAGGCACAUCUUCGACUUCUUGGGCGCGGUGUUCAACAACCAGAUGGAGAACAAGGAGACCAAGAAGAGCUCUGCGCCGCCAAAGGCACCCGACAACGUGGACUAG